CCGGCAGCAGCAGCAGCAGAGAGAGAAAGGGAAGGAGGGCAGGAGAGAGAGGGAAGGAAGGUCACCAUAGGUCAGCACCUACCUGGCAGUUUCAGCCUCUGCUCUCAGCAAGACUCAUCAAUAUUCACUCCCUGUCACCUUGCAAAAAGAAAAAAAGAAAAAAGACACUGCUACCUACAACCCAUCAGCAAGUAAACUAAGCUUAAACUACAUAUAUAUAUAUAUAUUUAUAUAUAUAUUUAAACAUAGUAGAAGCCACAUCAGCUGAAGCUGAUCCCCGGGUAGCAUGAAUAGCAUGAACCAGAUAGAAACAAACAUGCAGUACACCUACAACUACGAAGAAGAUGAGUACAUGACCCAAGAAGAAGAAUGGGACAGGGACCUGCUCCUGGACCCAGCAUGGGAGAAACAGCAAAGGAAGACGUUUACAGCCUGGUGCAAUUCCCACCUCAGGAAAGCAGGCACGCAGAUUGAGAACAUUGAGGAGGACUUCAGAAAUGGCCUCAAACUGAUGCUCCUCUUGGAAGUAAUCUCAGGGGAAAGACUACCGAAACCAGACAGAGGGAAGAUGCGCUUCCAUAAAAUUGCUAAUGUCAACAAAGCUCUGGAUUAUAUCGCCAGCAAAGGAGUGAAACUUGUGUCAAUUGGUGCAGAAGAAAUUGUUGACGGCAAUGUGAAAAUGACUCUGGGUAUGAUCUGGACUAUCAUCCUUCGCUUUGCUAUUCAGGAUAUUUCAGUGGAAGAGACCUCUGCCAAAGAAGGGCUGCUGCUGUGGUGUCAAAGAAAAACUGCUCCUUACAGAAAUGUGAACAUUCAGAACUUCCACCUGAGCUGGAAAGAUGGCCUUGGAUUAUGUGCGCUUAUCCACAGACACCGACCUGAUCUUAUUGACUACUCCAAGCUAAAUAAGGAUGACCCCAUAGGAAAUAUCAACCUUGCCAUGGAAAUUGCUGAAAAGCAUUUGGAUAUCCCUAAGAUGUUGGAUGCAGAAGAUAUUGUGAACACUCCCAAACCUGAUGAGAGAGCUAUCAUGACAUAUGUGUCCUGCUUCUACCAUGCUUUUGCUGGAGCAGAGCAGGCUGAGACGGCAGCUAACCGGAUCUGUAAGGUGCUUGCUGUGAAUCAGGAAAAUGAGAGGUUGAUGGAAGAGUAUGAGAGACUAGCAAGUGAGCUUUUAGAAUGGAUUCGCCGGACAAUUCCUUGGCUGGAAAACAGGACCCCAGAAAAAACAAUGCAGGCUAUGCAGAAGAAAUUAGAGGAUUUCCGGGACUACCGCCGGAAACACAAACCUCCCAAAGUCCAAGAGAAAUGUCAACUGGAGAUCAACUUCAACACCCUGCAGACAAAACUGAGAAUCAGCAAUCGGCCAGCUUUCAUGCCAUCAGAGGGAAAAAUGGUUUCAGAUAUUGCCGGCGCUUGGCAGAGACUUGAACAAGCUGAGAAGGGCUAUGAGGAGUGGCUGCUGAAUGAAAUACGAAGACUGGAAAGACUUGAACACUUGGCUGAGAAAUUCAGGCAGAAGGCUUCCACUCAUGAACAGUGGGCAUAUGGCAAAGAGCAGAUCUUACUUCAGAAGGAUUAUGAAUCUGCUUCUCUGACAGAAGUCCGCGCCAUGUUAAGGAAACAUGAAGCUUUUGAGAGCGAUUUGGCUGCUCACCAGGACAGGGUGGAACAGAUCGCUGCCAUUGCCCAGGAGCUGAAUGAACUGGACUACCAUGAUGCUGCAAGUGUCAAUGAUAGAUGCCAAAAGAUAUGUGACCAAUGGGACAGCCUGGGAACACUUACUCAGAAAAGGAGAGAGGCACUGGAGAGGACGGAGAAAUUGCUCGAAACAAUUGAUCAGCUUCACCUGGAGUUUGCCAAAAGAGCUGCUCCUUUCAACAACUGGAUGGAAGGUGCUAUGGAAGACCUACAGGACAUGUUUAUUGUUCAUAGCAUAGAGGAAAUUCAGAGUUUAAUCUCUGCACAUGAUCAGUUUAAAGCUACUUUGCCAGAGGCAGAUGGUGAAAGACAGGCCAUAUUGUCAAUCCAGAACGAAGUUGAAAAAGUUAUUCAGAGUUACAGCAUGAGAAUAAGCGCAAGCAAUCCUUACAGCACUGUUACUGUGGAAGAGAUUCGUAGCAAGUGGGAAAAGGUGAAGCAGCUGGUGCCUCAGAGGGAUCAAUCCUUGCAGGAGGAACUAGCCCGCCAGCACGCCAAUGAGCGCCUGCGUCGCCAGUUUGCUGCUCAGGCCAAUGUCAUUGGGCCAUGGAUCCAGACCAAGAUGGAGGAAAUUGCCCGCAGCUCUAUUGAAAUGACAGGGCCUUUGGAGGACCAGAUGAAUCAGCUGAAGCAAUAUGAGCACAAUAUAAUUAAUUAUAAGCACAACAUUGACAAACUGGAAGGAGAUCAUCAGCUUAUACAAGAAGCCCUGGUGUUUGACAACAAGCACACCAACUAUACUAUGGAGCACAUCCGUGUUGGAUGGGAGCUCCUACUUACCACCAUUGCUCGAACUAUCAAUGAGGUUGAGACUCAGAUCCUCACAAGAGAUGCCAAGGGUAUCACCCAGGAACAAAUGAAUGACUUCAGAGCAUCAUUCAAUCACUUUGACAGGAGGAAGAAUGGAUUGAUGGACCACGAUGAUUUCAGAGCUUGCUUAAUUUCAAUGGGUUAUGAUUUGGGUGAAGCUGAGUUUGCCCGAAUCAUGUCUCUGGUUGACCCCAAUGGGCAAGGAACCGUCACUUUCCAGUCCUUCAUUGACUUCAUGACCAGAGAAACGGCAGACACAGACACGGCUGAGCAAGUGAUAGCUUCCUUCAGAAUCCUGGCUUCAGAUAAGCCUUAUAUCCUGGCAGACGAGUUACGUCGAGAGCUGCCUCCUGAGCAGGCUCAGUACUGCAUCAAGAGAAUGCCUCCGUACACCGGCCCAGGUUCUGUUCCUGGGGCUCUGGAUUACACCUCUUUUUCAUCAGCACUGUAUGGAGAGAGCGACCUCUGAUUCUGUAAUUGGCCGUAUUCAUGGUAGACCCUAAAAAUACCCACCUGAUUGCCCAGAUUGCUUCUCAAAAGCUUUGACGAGCUGAUUUAAAAACGAGUUUUACAAAUACAGUAGGUACCGUCAGUGUAAAGUGCUAGUAACUAAGGUAACUAGUGUAUAUUAAAGUGUGCAGCACGCUAGAUUUCUGCAUUGUUGGUUUUAGGUUGUCUGUCCUGUACAAUGCUAGGAAAUAUA